UAAAGACGCAUGUGUCCGGUUGCAGUCUCAUGCUGCUUUGGAGGGGGUCUAUCUUAUAAAAAACGUGGUUUAGUCAGCGAAUCCUGUAAAAAUGGUUCGUAAAUUGAAGUAUCACGAAGAGAAGCUGUUAAAGAAGGUUGACUUUAUAAACUGGGAGGUGGACAACAACCUGCACGAGGUCAAAGUGUUGCGGAAGUAUCGCAUCGAAAAGAGGGAGGACUACACAAAGUACAACAAGUUGAGUCGAAACAUCAGAGAUCUGACUCAGAAAAUUCGAGAUCUGGAUGAAAAAGAUGGCUUCAGAGCCCAGAGCUCACAUCGUCUACUUGAAAAACUGUACAGCAUUGGCCUCAUCCCCACCAAGCAGAACCUGUCCCUAACAGAGAAAGUCACAGCUUCUUCAUUCUGCAGGAGGAGGCUGCCCAGCAUUAUGCUGAGCCUGCGUAUGGCUCAGAACCUGAAAACAGCCAUCACAUUCAUCGAACAAGGACAUGUGCGUGUUGGUCCAGACAUCGUCACAGACCCGGCCUUUCUCGUCACAAGAAACAUGGAAGAUUUUGUCACGUGGGUAGACUCCUCAAAGAUCAAGCAGCAUGUAAUGAAUUAUAAUGAUGAGAGGGAUGACUUUGAUCUGGUAGUGUAAGACCUUUUUGGCACCCACUCAUCACCAAGGAUCCCAGCAGAGUGACAUGAACUUUAAAACAUGGGAGAGGACUGUUUCCGACUUGGAAUUGAAGGAGUAAAACAAAACCACCAAACGUAACCUGAGGAAGAUGAGCAGAAACAACUUCCAGACUUAAUUUUUCAAAUUUAACAUCUCUCUAUCUCCAGUUUAUCAUCAAUCAUCCAUCUCAAAUAUCUGUAGCAAGAAGUAAAAGAAUAUCUUUGUUUCGUCGAACUCUGCUCAGGCAACAUGAGAGCAAAGUCUCCUGGAGCUCUUCUGCAUAAUGUGUACAUUUGUAUAUUACCUGAUACAGUGUUUCUUUAAUAAUUUAACUUAGGAUAUCUGUUCAUGAAACAUUUUAUGUGCCAUAAAAUCAGCUGUUAAAUGCAAACAGAUUAUUUGAUAAAUAUUUAUUCUUUCUAACAGGACAUUUUUUACACUGUAAACAUUGCAAACAAUAAACAUUCAUUUAAAACAA